GGUAAGGUUUACGAUCAAUUCAAUCUUCUUCGUCUCCUCCUGUUCCCUUUAGAUUUCGAAAUCUUCCAAAUUCAAUCCGUUUCACAGACUAAGAUCAUGGCUUGGAUGACACGAUUUCUCACCGCCGUUGCCUUCUUGGCAAUCGGAGUCAUUUUUUCGCCGGAAACCUUCGGAUCAAAAUCAGCAAAGAUCACAACUUUCGUCAAACUUGCACACCUCCUAUGUUUCUCCACUGCUUGGGGUGCAGCGCUUUGGGUCACCUUCAUCGGCGGCAUCAUCAUGUUCAAGAAUCUGCCGAGGCAUCAGUUUGGGAAUCUGCAAAGCAAGAUGUUUCCGGCCUACUUUAUGAUGGUUGGGAUAUGCUGUGCGGUGUCGGUAGGGUGUUUUGGGUAUACACAUCCAUGGAAGUCUUCAUCAACUGCUGAAAAGUAUCAGCUUGGAUUUUUGCUCUCUGCUUUCGCCUUCAAUCUCACCAAUCUUUUCGUCUUUACUCCCAUGACCAUUGAGAUGAUGAAGCAAAGGCACAAGGUGGAGAGGGAGUCGAACAUUGGAGAAGAAGUUGGGUGGACAAAGAACCAAGAGGUUGCCAAGGUGAACCCAAAGCUAGCAGCAAUGAACAAGAAGUUUGGGAUGAUUCAUGGGUUAUCAUCUCUAGCUAACAUUAUGUCUUUUGGUAGUCUUGCAAUGCAUUCAUGGUAUUUAGCAGGGAAAAUUGAUCUCUAGACCCAUCUCAUCCCAUGGUUCUUAUGUUGACAAUGACAAAUAAUCUACUACCAUUUUCCUAGCAUUGGGCUCCUUCCUGCUGCUGUGGGAAGUGAUGCCAAUUGUAUAACAGGCAAUGUGUUGGACACCCUAUAUUGAUGGUUAUAAAAGGAAGGUUUAAUGGUGUUUUAAA